AUGGGUCUCACCGGCAUGCCCUUGGCGAAGGCCCGCAUAUGCCUGAUCGUCGUUCCUGCAUUUCUGUUGUUUGGCUACAAUCAGUCGAACAUGGGUGGUGUUCUCAAUUAUCCAUCCUUUAUCAAGGAGUUCCCGGCCAUUGACACCAGUACCACUAAGGGGGAUAUCAAAGCCCAUAAUGCCACAGCUCAAGGAACCGUCGUCGCCGUAUACACUCUCGGAUGUCUGGUCGGUGCCCUCGGAACAUCCCAGCUUGGCAACCGCAUUGGCCGUAGAAAGUCUUUGGUCACUGCUGCUGCCGUUGCCACUGUUGGACUUAUCAUCCAAAGCACUUCUUAUAGCCUUGGUCAACUUGUUGUUGGUCGUGUUAUUUCUGGUAUCGGUAACGGCAGUGUUAACGCUGUCGUUCCUGUGUGGCAGAGCGAGUGCACAAAUCUCAAGAGCCGUGGCAAGAGCGUCGUCAUCAUUGGCAUUUUUAUUGCUUCCGGGAUCGCAGCCGCUGGCUGGAUUAACGUGGGCCUUUCUUUUAUUCAAGACAAUCAGGUCGCUUGGCGUUUCCCCCUCGCUUUACCGAUCAUUUUUACCUUAAUGCUCAUGGCUUUCGCCAUGUCUUUCCCUGAAUCUCCCCGCUGGAUGAUCAGUCAGGGCCUCAGGAGAGAAGCACACGCGGCCAUGCGCGCUCUUGCCGGGGAUGAUAGAAGCGAUGAAAGCAUCGAGCUUGAAAUCGAUCAAAUCUUCCAUAAUCUUCAACAAGCCUCUACUUCAGAACGUGGCUUUAUUGAUCUCUUCAGGAUUGAGCCUCAGCGACUCUUCUACCGCAUGUGUCUUGCCGUUGGCAUCAAUUUCUGCGCCCAGAUGACCGGCGCAAAUGUCAUCUCUUAUUACGGUGGGACCAUUUUCCAGGAGUCUCUCGGUCUAGGGGCUGAGAAGGCAGCGUUGCUGAAUGCCGGCGUCCUCACCUGGAAAAUAUUUGCGGCCCUUUCCGCUUAUCUAUGCGUGGACCGCUUCGGUCGUAAGCCUCUGUUCAUAAGCGCCAGCUUAGGCAUGGGUCUUUGUAUGGCCGGUUUGGCCGUGAGUGUCUGGGCCAUAGGUAACAGCCCGACCAAUGGUGCCUCUAUCGCAGCGACCAUCUUUCUCUUUCUCUACAUGGGCUUUUUCCCGCUUGGAUUCUUGGGUGCCAAUUUCUUGUACAGUGCGGAAAUUGCCCCUCAAGACUUGCGGAUACAUUCGGCAGCUAUUGGAACUGCGACCCAUUGGCUUUUCAACUUCGUUAUUGCGGAGAUUACCCCGGUUGCAUUCACUACAAUUGGGUGGCGCUAUUAUAUCAUUUACGCCGUGAUAGGUGUCUCCGCUGCUUUAAUGGUUUACUUCUUCUUCCCGGAAACGAAUGGGGGCUCCUUGGAAGAAAUGGAUGAUUUGUUCUCUAACCCAGAGCACUGGUGGGAGGUCACUGCUUACGCUUCUAGCUUGAAGAAGGCCCGGGUGUCAGAACUGGAAGUUAUAGCCCCUUUGGAGGAUAAAGGGGGUAUAGAAUCUGCGAACCAUCUUGAGAGGGUCUGA